AUGAAUUCGAAGCCGAUGUUUACGUGUGUUCAAAGACAUUAAGGGUUUCAAAGCCGCCUAGCUGAGUAUUUCCACUCUAUUAAAAACCUAUCGAACAAAUUCAUAUUAAAAAAAACUACGAUGACUCAAUAACUCCCCGGGAAAGCAUAAAAGUGGACGGGGACGUUCUUAUGUACAAAGAUUGAUAGACAAACGCUUUGGUAGUUAGUACAGACAUAACAUCUUUUUGGUGAAAUGGACUAGAACUGGCGAGUCGCAAUUAGAGAUUCCAUUUUAACACUCGGUACUUUUGGCGACAGAUAAUCUUGGGUGUUAAAACGCCUUCAAAAGUUCUCUUUACUGAGAAAUCCUGUACAACACUGGGACUCCAAGAUGCAGGAGUUUACAGUUCCUGACGCUAUGUUACUAGUACUGUCAGGCUUGGURGUAGCAACCAAUGUCGCAGUGUGCUGGCUAGUCAUUGCACGGAGGGUGCUACGUACGUAUACAAACGGUUUUGUGGUAUCACUAGCAGUGUCCGAUAUCUUAAGUGGUGGGAUCUUCAUGCCUGUUGCUGUACUGCGACCUCUUUCUACGUUUAGAGGACAUGUGGCAAUGAUGGUCAUUGUCUCCAGUACACUUAACCUCAGUGCAGUGGCGUUUGACCGCUACCUGGCGGUUGUUCGACCUCUUGCUUACAAGUCAAGGAUAGAAACCUCUUUUAUUCGUAUUGUUGUCGCUGUUUGGGGUGCGUCUGGUCUUAUGUCUGUACUGCCUGUGUUUUGGAAAGCAGACGAAACACUUCUUGUCCACAAAGUGUACCUGUCAUGUGCAGUCAUCUUGUUCCUUGUUCUUCCUCUCGUUUUCAUUUUGUUUGUGUACACUUUUAUCUUCGUAAAGUUACGCCAACAUGGUAAACUACUGCGCAAUCUACACGCUACAAGGACUCGAAUUGACGAGGCCCGGAGAAGCAGACGCGAGUCAAAAUCUGUGAAAAUGUUUUUCAUUAUCCUGGCGGUGUUUGCUACAUGCUGGAUCCCUGUCAUAUACAUGACCUUUGCGGCAUACGUAGCUAAUAGACUGGAUAUCAUCCCAGCGUCACUUACGAUCAUUUCGCACUACUGCAUCAUGCUUUCUUCGUUGAUAAACCCCUUUCUUUACACUUUCAUGAAACUGGACUUUCAACGCGAAGUAAGGGCAAUGCUGCCGUGUAAGCGUUUUAAGGAAAGAGCAAGACCAGGGCGGGGAAGAUACAACGGUGAAAGCAUGCGAACAACAAAAGCUACAUUCUUGAGCGUUAUUGAUGCUGAAAGCAAAUCUCUCAGCUGUAAUAGUAACAGUAACUACUGAACGCGAAAAGAAAAAAAAAUGUAAACAUACAAUAUAUACAUAUAUGUAAUUGCUUGGAGUAUGAAUCAAGAAAAUAAUGAUAAUAGAACGAUGAUGACUUUCAAAUUAAACCAACUAAAUGAUGCUGCUUUUAUUGAUUUACCUCAAAUCGAUUCGAUUUUUAAGCCAUGUCAAAUAAUUUAGGAAACUACAAUACAAAAAAAGAAGGAAAAUUGUAGCUACAUUUGCUAAUUAGCAGAUUCUAUCUUCAAUAAACAAAACAAAUUAAAGUUACACUGACGAGAGCGUA